AUGCAGACAGAUGUACCUCUACCCAGAGAUGAAGUAUCAACAUUGUCCACUAACUCAGAUGAUAGAGUUAUCGAUAUACAUGGAAAAGGUCUCAAGCACAACGCCAUAACAACCACACAUGAAAAAUAUCAAGUGGUCACAUGGGUUGAAAAAUCCAUGGUUCAUAUUGAUAAACAUCCUCAGAGUGAGUCACCGUUAUCCACAACAUGUUCUCUUGGAUUUAAUCGUAUUGUUGUUGUAACUCAGGUUGUUCAAAUCAUGCAAAUACCAGUAGGUGAUGUGGUGAAUGUCAUUGGUGUUGGAUGGGCUAAUAUUGGUUGUAUGAGUGGUGCAAUUUUUACAGUUCAAGAGAGCAAUAUUUCACGCAAAACAAUUAAAGUUGAAAUAAGAGGGACUUUGUCACAAGUUCAGGCCACUCAACAACUUAUUCAGGCAAGAGACUCUUUCAUCUUCUUUUUUUACAAGGCUAAGACUGCACCGGGUCGGGCUUCUUUCAAACCAGUCAAACAGUUCAGGAGAGCAAAAAUUCACUCAAAAGAAUUCCAGUUGAAGAGGGACCUCAACACAAAUGCAUUUUCUGUUGAUAGCAAACAAAUGAAAAACUAUUUUGAUGAACUCAAGAGCAAGUACAGAGCAUGGGUAUCACUAAAAAACAAAUAUGAUCCGUCCACCGAUAUGUUUUAUUUGACUGACAAGGAAUGGGAGACUGAAAUCAAGAAAAAUAAAUGCAUAGAAACAUUGAGGAAUGUGCCUCUACUGUUUCCGGAUCUUUGUGCACUGCUUUUUGAUGGUGCUAUAUCCACGGCCUUUUUUCAAACCGGCGUUGACCAGCAUUUGACUGGACUGAAACCGGGUAAUGGUUUCUUUUUCUUUUUUGAAAGGAUUUGUGUUCAUUUCUCAUAUCUGUUUGUGCUUUCCACCUAUACUGCUCUUGAAAUGGGACCUGGUUUACAAAGUGUAUUUUUGUAG